GCGACAACUUGUUGAUUUCGCGCCAGUAAUGGAGCUCGGUGAAAACCUUUAUGAAGGUUGUGAUCAGCUGAGUGUUUCGGAGCAAGAAGUGAGCAGCAGCCAGUCAUUGUCGGAAAUGCUUGUAUCAUCGCGGACAGAGUACUGUCUUGAAGACGCAUAUACAACAGAAGAAAGUUUAACAUGGUCAGCAGCGAUGGGGUUAGGGCCACUUUGUGUAACAUCAACUACAACAACAGCAACCACAAAUGCAGCAUCAGCUUCCUUCCCAGCUACUGUUAAGCGACCUCAUACUGAUGCUUUUCCUGGACAAUAUGAAUUUGAUAUCCAACCAUCUAGACACCAAGAGGAUGCUCAUUGGGUGUAUUCACAGAUUCUGGACAAAGUAUUCACAGAUAUAGGCAAAAGUGUUCGUUUCAGUGUGACACUGAACACAGAUUGGACACCGUCAACUGCUCUCUUCAUUCGUGCACUUCCAUUGUUCGUACCAGAAUCUGAGUCAUUUGAAGAAGUUGUUAAGACAUGCCCCACUCAUGAGGACUUAGCUCAUACACUGAAUGCAGCUUCUGUUUUAGGCUGUCCAUCUGUGAAGCACGUUGUCCGCUGCAGUGACCCUUUAACGCAAUAUCAGACAGAUCCAGUGUCGGGACGCUACAGUGUUGUUACACCGCUCUGUGCUCCACAGCCUGGUGCUACUAGUGUUCCUUUGCUGUACACUUUUGUUUGUAAGAACAGCUGUAGAGGUGGUAUUGGCCGAAGGGCUCUUGCACUGGUGUUUACUCUAGAGGACGUCAGUGGAGAGAUCCUAGGGCGUCGUGUGUUGGAAGUGAGGGUAUGCAGCUGCCCUCGCAGAGAUAAGGAAAAGCAGGAGAAACAGUACCUGCGUAAUCAUGCAAGAGACCCGUCUGAAGAAGUUCAGUCAGAGACUAAAACUGCCAUCCAACAGCUGAUGCACGUAUCGAGAAUUCAAGCACUGCAAGAAGUACCCCAGACCCAAGUUGCUGCUGAGCAGCAGAGAGAUUCACCACAGGAGUGUGAUAAUACUGCCUUAAGAGCCAGUAGCCAUAUUAUUGGCAUGCAAAGGCAGCAAGCUGAGCAACCUUGCAUUUACCUUCCAGUAUAUCUAUCCCAUCAGAGAGAAAUCAAGCGACAAGCCAUAGCAAUGCUGUGGAGAGAUGCUGGUGAAAAUCAGGUGCCCUUCUCAGAGUGUGACUCUAUCUUGCGACAGGUGUACAAAGAGGAUUACUGACAGUCUUCCUUUAGAACUAUGAGGUGCCAUUAUUUUGUCCAAUUAAAGAGACAACUACUGUAAGGCUGUUUCAAGUUGGAAUGUUUGUACAAUCAGUCUGCCAGUUACCAUUACCAGUGGUGCUCAGGAUUCAUUGAAUGUGAUGUGUGUAUGUAUUCAUACAGCCAUUAUAAUUCGGUUGUUUUAAGCGUAUUGAGGGAUUUUAUUGUGCCCUUGAUUGUUGUGAUAUUUGGUUCCUCAAUGAGGAACGGAUUGUGUGGCCAUAAUUUGAUAGCCUGUGUGUUUUUACAUAUUUUCAUGUUUUGCAUUGUUGGAAGUGUUAUGUUGCAAGAUACUUGCAUAGUAUUUUUACAAAUCUUUGAGCAAGACUGUUUUUUCGAGUAAUCUAUCAUUCUGUUGUGUAAACAUAAUUGCGUGUUGCAAUCACAUAAU